CCGGUCAGUUAGCUUGCUCUCUGUCUCUUUCACUCACCCAGGUGGAGAUUCAUCAGCUGUAGCACGUCAUCCAGCGUCUGCACAGUCGCCCACACACACACACACACACACACAUACAUACAAACAAACACCACACACAUGCGAUGGGCUGUGCGCCUGCACCCACCUCGUCGAGCAGGCUGAUGUUGUGGUCGAGGAGCUCCACCUCCUGCAUGUAGCACUCGAGCAACAGCUCCACGUCCUCGGUGCUGUACGGCUCAUCACCGGCCUCCUCGUGCUCGUGGUUUUCGGGCGAUACUGGCCCGGCAGCGUUCCUCCCCUCCUCAGACUGAUAGUCCAUCGGUCUGUCUGCCGUCCCUGCAUUCGUCUGCUGCUCCUCAGCACCAACAUCACGCGUGCCAAACUGGCAACAGAAGGAAAAGGGAGACAGAUGAAUGUGUGUGAGUCUGGUGGGGGUGGUGUGGCGUACAUGUGGGCUGUCUGCGAGUGAGUGUGCGGAGCCGUGAAAUGCCUCGGCGAAUGUGGGUGAAAGGGUGGCCGCGCGGUGGUCGUGGCCCUUCCUGUGCACAGUGUGGAGCACGUGCUGCUGAGAGAACCGCCGCGCGACGUCUGCUGAGGGGGUUUCGACCAAUAUCGACGAUGUUGUUAGGGACGAUGCGUUGACGUUGGAUGAGUGGGUCUGCGUCAUGUGUGCGCGGGCCAGGGAGGAGCAGACGGGGGGCAGGGAGGGGAAGGGAGGCGCUUCGGAACUGAUGGAUUAACAAGGGAGACACAGUCAUGUGUUGGAUAUUGCCGGUAUGUCUCUCCGUGUAUGUGCUGACUGACACCCUUUUCCGUCUUGCCUUGUGCGCUCCCCGAUGGCGGAGAUGGGGAGAGGAGGCACAGGAGGCGGAGAAGCUCUUCUGCGAGAAUCCUCUUCUGCAGCUUGCUUUGACGAGACUUCCUCGACGAGCGCCUUCAACCCUCUGACCUCGGCUUUCAGCUCCUCCUGAAUCUUCCCACCCCCUUUUAGCUGGUUCCCAUGCCUCCCUUGCACAGUCUGGACCCCACCCAGCGCCUCUUUCACGCCAGCAAUCUCCGCCCGGACUUCCUUGGCCUUCUUGAUCAUCGCUUCCUUCAGGCUCUCAGUGGCGUCUUUGUUCUCCGCCAUGUGACAAUCGGUGCGAGACAGAUGUUCUUUGAACGACUUGAUGAGAGCGUCCAUGGUGAAGUCCACCUUAAGCUCCAGCCGACAGAGACGCUCAUCCAUCUUCUCCUGCCAUUCAUCGUGGUGGCUGCAUUCAACGUUUGGCGCCUGGGGCUUUGCAUCAUAUUGCAUGGUGCUGCUGUACCGUGUCGCCCAGCCGGACAAUGGGGGAUAGGAAGCAGUGCCGCCCGCCGUGUCAGGUCCCGUCCACUUGAGUCAGAUGGUGCUCGCCGUGGGCCUACUUGGAAUCAUUGCA